GAUUGAUAAAAAUAUCAAUCUUUAUGGAGUUAGCGUAUGCAUUGGGAUGUACCCUUUGUUUCUGUAGAAUGUGGAUGUCAAUAAUGUUCUUCCGGUCCUGUUGUGAUGAGCUCUAUGAUAGACAAUAUGUUAACAUAAACUGUAAUAGAGUUGAUAUAUUUAAUCAGAAUAACCUUUUGCAGACGUACUAAUGGUUUCGUGUUUUACUUAUUUUGCUAUCCGUUACAGGAAGAAUGCAUCAAUACUGCACAGCAAAUUUGAAAAUUGAUUUAUUGUGAUAUUUUUACCAUCAAAAUCAUUCACAUAAAACAUGUGUACUAACUGUGAGUGUCAACAGAUAGAACAGGAGUAAUCUUAAUAUUUCAUAGAAGUUUAUAAUAGCAUCAGAAUUAAUAGUUCGCCUACACGGUUAAUGUUUUCUAUCAUCGAUUUUUAUUUUCAAACUGGAUUUUCUGUUGUUUUACAUUAAAUUCAUCGUCUGCUGUGAUAACAUGGAUUACGUUAUACUCAAUGUGAGUGGAACGAUAUUUCGUCUGCACAAGAAAACCUUCUGUCGUCUGCCGUCACAUUGUUUUGAAAAUUGUGUUUCUAACCAACUAAAAAUGGACGAAAAAGACUCGUGUGAGGAAUAUUAUCUUGAAAGACAUGCAGAAAGUUUCACAGCUAUUGUUUGGUUUUAUACAAAUGGAGAAUUGCAUAUGCCAUCUUCGGUCUGUCCGUCUGUCUUCUGCAGGGAAUUGAAAUUUUGGCAAAUUGACGACCGUAAAAUGUCGCGAUGUUGUUAUAUGAAGUAUGUGUCAUUUUUUGAGGAUCAAGCUUUACUAAAAACAUUUGAACUCGAAGAAACAAAAGCCGGAAGGUCUGGAAAUAUUCUUCGUCCAUCGAAUAGCAAAUGGGAAUAUACAAGAAGAAAAGUUUGGCGAGUGCUAGAUGACCCAAUGUCGUCUGCUUUAGCAAAGAUUUAUGUUGCAUCUUCAGCCAUAGUUAUCCUUAUGUCUAUAUUUGUACUAGUUGCUAGCACACAUCCGGAUUUCCAACGAAAACUUGAUUGUGAGGAGAUAAGAGAAUUUCUAGGCGAUGGCACACAAAUGCCAAAAAGCCAUCAGCAUUGUGAAAAAGAACUGAAUGAAGAGCCUGAGAUUGUUACUUCAAAUGUUAGAAUAAUAAAUGCAAAUACCCCAAACAAUACAAAUAGUUCAAUGCUUGAUAAUAACAAUGAGACUGAAGGCUAUACAGAUGAUACCUUAGACACUCACACUCGCUUUGAUUAUCUGACUAUCAUGGAUUAUUUCACGGUUGGAUUUUUUCUUGUAGAAUUAGUAAUAAGAUAUAUAUUUUGUCCUGAUAAGAAAAUAUUUUUCUGUUCUUUUCUGAAUAUUGUGGACAUAAUAGCUUUAACCUCAGAAUGUAUUAUAAAUUUCAUCGAGUAUUUAUUUCCAAAAGAAAAGUACGCAAUAUAUUCAUCGUUAGAUUUUAUCGAAUGUAUACAAAUAGCACGUGUUUUUAGGUUAUUUCGAUUAGUCAGGAACUUUAUAGGAUUUAGGGUGUUUAUAUAUUCCGUUAGAGCAAGCUUUAAAAACAUGGUGUUGAUGGUGUUUCUUAUGUUUGUUGCAGCGCUCAUUUUUUCAGCUGUUGUAUUCUACAGUGAUCGUGAAGCAUUCAAAUCGAUACCGGACGCCAUCUGGUGGUCAGUCGUAACCAUGACAACAGUUGGAUAUGGUGAUGCUGUACCAAAAAGUCUUCUUGGUAAAAUGAUCGGUUGUGUAUGUGCUGUAACGGGUGUAUUUGUACUUGCAGUUCUCAUUCCAGUUUUGGUGUCGAAUUUCGUAUUAUUCAUCGGGUUUGCAAGAAUUCCGUUGCGAAAUCAAGGAAAUGAUCUCGCUACCAUGGUAAAACAGGAGUUUGUAUUAAGAAAAGAUAGGACCGAAAUACAACUUCUGUCGAAGAAAACUAGACCGAAAGUAUACAAUUCAAGUGGGAGUCCAUGAUAUUCUGCCAAAACGUCUUUCAUAUUGAUACUUUAACACGAAUUAAAAUGCAAUUAGAUAUAAUAGAAAUAAAGCUUUAAUAAUUGAAAUAAAUAAUGUAUGAAGUGCGGAAAAAAAUUAGUCUUGUCUGUAGUAUUGUAUUUGUGACGAAAGUGUGUCUGUGUAUUGUAUUUGUGACGAAAGUGUGUCUGUAUAUUGUAUUUGUGACGAAAGUGUGUCUGUAGUAUUGUAUUUGUGGCGAAAGUGUGUCUGUGUAUUGUAUGUGUGACGAAAGUGUGUCUGUGUAUUGUUUUGUGACGAAAGUGUGUCUGUAGUAUUGUAUUUGUGACGAAAGUGUGUCUGUGUAUUGUAUUUGUGACGAAAGUGUGUCUAUGUAUUGUAUUUGUGACGAAAGUGUGUCUGUGUAUUGUAUUUGUGACGAAAGUGUGUCUGUAGUAUUGUAUUUGUGACGAAAGUGUGUCUGUGUAUUGUAUUUUAUUGCCGAAAAAGAGUAUUUGUAUGUUGUUUUGUAUCUGUGUCGGAAGAUUAUCUGUAUGUUGUAUUUGUUAUAGACGAAUGUCUGCAUAAUUGAAUUUGUAACCGAAGAGCG